CACGGUUUUCUGGAAGCGUCUGCUCUAGUCAUGUUGAAAACGAAUCUUGUGAAGUGGUCCAAGCUCAAAAUAAUAUCGAGUCCAGAGACUCGAGAUCUCUCCGCAGCCACCUCCGAGAGUCCUCUAACAUUCUUAGCAUCUCCAAACAAGAUGUCGAAAACAAAGACAAAGCGUCGUCACCGAGAGCUCAAACGCGAAUCUGCUCGUAAACUUGCUGUCUCCCACCGCAAAAAUGCUGCGUCACCCGGAAACAUCACCACCUCCAACGCGCGUAACCCGCCAGCAAAAAAACAGAAACUCGACACCGCCAUAACCAACAAGUCACCUUCUUCCUCCAAGCUCGAUCUGCAACCAAGCGUCAGAAGUUCUCAGGCCUCUCAAAAACACCCCAUUCCCUUCGGCGUCUACGACAAAAUCCUCCUCGUCGGUGAAGGCGACUUCAGCUUCACGCGCAGCCUAGUAAUCGAGCACGGAUGCGCCAAUGUAACUGCUACAAGCUACGACUCCCUGGAAGAAGUUACCUCCAAAUAUCCACGCUUCUCGUCCAUUCAGGACGAGCUCUCCGCCUUAGUCCCUCCCGUACCGCUCCACCACAGCAUUGACGCCACCAAAAUUGCAACCUACAAGACUGUGCAGCCCGCCUCAUCCGAGAACAUCGAUGAUGUCGAUGAAGCACCGAACGCGGACGGGUCAGUAGGAAAAGGCACAUGGGACACAAUCGCCUUCAUGUUUCCACACACCGGCGGUCUCUCCACCGAUGUGAACCGUCAAGCCCGUGCAAACCAAUCCCUAAUCGUGUCCUUCUUCACCUCCUGCCUCACACACAAACCCCCCAAAUCCCCCAAACACAGCAACGCCGCCUUCCUGAAACCGGGUGGCAAGAUUUUGGUCUCGCUCUUCGAGGGCGAGCAAUAUGAUAGAUGGUGCAUUCGCAAUCUCGCCCGCCACGUCGGGCUUGUGUGCAAGACGAGUUAUAAGUUCGAUUGGAAGGAUUAUCCCGGGUACAAACACGUGAGAACCCUGGGCGUUGUGGAAGGUGGUGGAGGGUGGAAGGGGGAAGAGAGAGAAGCGAGGAUGUUCGUGUUCGAGAAGGCGAAGGAGGAAGGGAGUGGCGAGAAGGAAGAAAAGAAGGUGAAGAAGAGGAAGAGAGAGGGCGAUGGAGCUUUGGGGGAGAAGAGUGAGAGUGAGGACAGCGACGAUGGUUGA